UAUAGAAAGAAAUGAAAAAGUAGCAGCGACUGACCUUCAGUGUUGGAGUCCUUUCAACACCCCAGCUCCAGCAAAAAAGCUAAACCCUCUCUCUUUCUCUCUCUUAUUUACUUCUUCUUUUGCAAAACCAGACUAGUUCGCAUUUACUUAUGCAAGAACAUUCCUCUCUCACCAAGAUUUCACUAUAAUUAUUGCAGUUUGAAAAAAAAAACGAGAAGUAGGAUCUUCCUCUCAUUCAUAUAUCUCCAUCCACUUGUGCUCCAAAUCUUUUUUAUACAGUCACUUCAUAUCUGCUCACUCUUUUUAAUCCUUUCUAUGGCUUCAACUUCCUAGUACUCUUUCAUAUUUAUAUUUGAAGAGAGAGGAGAAAUGGGGUCUAUGAAAGUUCUCUUUGCUCUCUCUCUGUAUGCUCUUAUUCUCAUGGAUUCUUCCACAGCCCAGAUGCCAGGUUUUGUAAGUCUGGAUUGUGGUGGUUCCAAUAAUUUUACAGAUAAGAUUGGUCUUGAAUGGAGUCCAGAUAACAACAUGUUAACUGGAGAUAUAGCCAACAUAUUCGUAGCCAAUGAGACCAGAAAACAGUAUAAGACACUAAGAUACUUCCCAGCAGAUGAUAACAAGUAUUGCUACACCUUCAAUGUCAUCAGUAGGACCAGAUAUCUCAUAAGAGCGACCUUCUUGUAUGGAAACUUUGAUGACAAUAAUGUGUAUCCCAAGUUUGACAUUUCAUUUGGGCCUACACAUUGGGGUACUAUAGUAAUUUCAGAUGCUAAUACAAUAGAGCUUCAGGAGUUAAUAUUUCUAGCUACAGAUCCUACCAUUAGCGUUUGUUUGUCCAAUGCAACAACCGGCCAACCGUUUAUAUCCACCCUUGAGCUCCGACAGUUUAAUGGUUCCAUCUAUUUCAAUCAGUAUGAGAGCCAAUUUUUCCUCAGUAUGUCAGCAAGAAUAAAUUUUGGUGCAGAGAGCGAUGAACCAGUCAGGUAUCCAGAUGACCCAUUUGAUCGAAUAUGGCAGUCUGACUCAGUGAGAAAAGCCAAUUACCUUGUUGAUGUUGCCCCUGGAACUGAAAAAAUAUCAACAAAGAUGCCAAUUGAUGUCAGCAGGGAUGAAUGGCCACCCCAGAAGGUAAUGCAGACAGCUGUAGUUGGCAGAAAUGGAUCAUUGACAUACCGGUUGAAUCUCGAUGGUUUUCCUGCUCCUGGUUGGGCAUUUUGUUACUUUGCCGAAAUUGAAGAAUUGGGUCCAAGUGAUGCUAGAAAGUUUAGGUUUAUACUCCCUGGCGCUCCUGAUCUUAGCAAGGCUAUUGUUAAUAUCCAAGAAAACGCCCAAGGACAGUAUCGAUUGUAUGAGCCAGGAUACUACAACAUUUCUCUACCAUUUGUUUUAUCUUUCAGAUUUGGGAGGACUUCUGAUUCUACAAUGGGUCCUCUGCUGAACGCCAUGGAGGUCAAUAAAUAUUUGAAAAAGAGUGAUGGCUCUGCUGAUGGACCAGUUUUGGCUGCAAUAGCCAUGUCUUAUUCAUCAUCUAAGUGGGCAAAUGAAGGUGGUGACCCUUGCCUCCCUGCUCCAUGGUCAUGGGUCCAGUGUAGUUCAGAUCCUCGGCCAAUGAUAACAUCAAUUAAACUGUCAGGGAAGAAUUUGUCUGGAACCAUUCCAGUAGAGUUCACAAAGUUGGGCGGCUUAGUUCAGUUAUGGCUUGAUAAUAACUCACUGAGUGGGCCAAUUCCAGAUUUUUCUGGAUGCCCCAACUUAAAGAUAAUACAUCUUGAGGAUAACCAAUUGAAUGGUGAACUACCUCCUUCCUUGGCAGAUUUGUCAAAUUUGAGAGAAUUGUAUGUUCAGGACAAUUUGUUAACUGGAAAAAUUCCAUCUGGUCUUCUUAAUAAAGAUCUGACUUUGAACUACACUGGGAAUGCAGACCUUCACAAGGAGAAGGGAGGGAGCCGUAAGAAAAUUAUUAUCGGGACGUCAAUCGGAGCUGCUGUUCUGCUUAUUGCUACCAUUACCUCCUGUUUCUUAUUGCCCAAAGGAAAGAAGAAACCUCCUCGUAAAGGAGAAUCACACCAUAGUUUACCUCCUCAAAAGCUCGCUUCUUCCCUUGGUGAUACUGCCGAAGCUGCUCAUUACUUCACAUUAUCUGAGAUCAAGGAUGCAACAAAUAAUUUUGAGAGAAAAAUUGGGUCUGGAGGCUUCGGGGUUGUAUAUUAUGGGAGACUGCCAGAUGGAAAAGAAAUUGCAGUCAAGCUUUUGACUAAUGAUUCCUUCCAGGGAAAGCGAGAGUUUUCCAAUGAAGUUUCUCUUCUUUCAAGAAUACAUCAUAGGAAUCUUGUCCAGUUUCUUGGAUAUUGCCAAGAAGAGGGAAAAAGUAUUCUUAUGUACGAGUUCAUGCACAAUGGGACUCUUAAGGAACAUCUUUAUGGGCCCUUAACACAUGGAAGAGGAAUUAAUUGGAUUAAACGCCUUGAGAUUGCUGAGGAUGCUGCCAAAGGGAUCGAGUACCUCCACACUGGUUGUGUUCCUACAAUCAUUCAUCGAGACUUGAAGACCAGCAAUAUUCUUCUUGACAAGAACAUGAGAGCUAAGGUUUCCGAUUUUGGCCUUUCAAAACUAGCAGUUGAUGGAGCUUCACAUGUGUCGAGCAUAGUUCGAGGAACUGUUGGUUAUCUUGAUCCUGAAUAUUACAUCUCCCAGCAGCUGACGGACAAGAGCGACGUCUACAGUUUCGGGGUCAUUCUCCUCGAGCUAAUAUCCGGUCAAGAAGCAAUCUCUAACGAGAAUUUCGGACAUAACUGCCGAAAUAUAGUCCAAUGGGCAAAGAUGCACAUUGAGAGUGGAGACUUGCAAGGGAUCAUCGACCCUGCAUUGCACGAAUACGACAUACAGUCGAUGUGGAAGAUAGCGGAGAAGGCGCUGAUGUGCGUGCAGCCGCACGGGAGCAUGAGGCCGUGGAUGUCUGAAGUUAUAAAGGAGAUCCAAGAUGCACUGGCCAUUGAAAAGGGCGCAGAGGCAGUGAGGGAAGGCAGCUCCGACGAGAUAUCAAGGCGUUCGGCUCACUCGUCCCUCAACUUGGGCUCGUUGGACAUCGGCGCCAGCGACCACCACUACUUGUCCAUCGAUGAAUCCAUUGCACGCCCAACUGCUCGGUAGAACUCUUGUCAACAUAUUUUUAUUGGCUUUGCCUUUUGCUGCUAUAUUUGGUCACACUGCCUGCUGCUGGGGUAACCAAAACAGUUGGUAUAGAUUAACUGUAAAUUCCAGCCCUUUUUAUUUUUAUUAUUAUUAUUAUUAUUAUUAUUAUUAUUGAAAGGAUUGGUCUAUAUUGUUCUUCAUCAUUUUUUACCAUCUUUCGAAUUUUUUCUUGGAAAUAUACUGUGCAUUCUGUAAAACUAUAAUACCCAUUGUUUUUUGCUUUGUUUUUUAUGUGAUUAUUGGAGUGAAU